CUAAUUUAUCAACGAAGGGCUAUUUAGAUCUCCUUGCAGAGCAUCCUUCGGGGGUUUAUUUUGGUUGGGCUGGAUUAUCAUCCAGAGAUGUUUUUAAAAUGGUCAUGAGUAUUGGUUGGAAUCCAUAUUUCGACAACAAAGAAAAGACUAUAGGGCCUUGGAUACUUCACAAGUUUGAUGAGGAUUUCUAUGGGAAAGAACUUCGGCUCAUUAUAGUUGGUUACAUUCGUCCUGAGGUCAUAAACAUAUUUAUUUAUCUUGUAGAAAUUCAUGAGAUAAAUUACAUUCUUGAUACAUAUGUCUCUCUUGGAAGGUCUGAUGCUUUAAAUGGAAAAGUCACUAUUGCAUCAUUUGGAAGACCGGCUGCCAUUGCAAAGGCUCGGCCUGUGCUUUCUG